AUGGCGUCGCUUUUAACAGACCCGUUGUUUGAAAUCUCUGGAGGGGGUCCUCCACCAAACAAGAACUUUUAUCAUUUUUCUGUGACCAAGUCAGACGUGAUCUGGAGAUGGUGGAAGAUCUCUCUGAGGACUGUAGACAGGAACUCAAAGCCAGGGGAGCUGAGAGAGUCUCACCAGGACUUCUUGGAUGACAACUGGUUGCAGAGUGAGGUCAGUAUGGUUUUUGGUCGUGGAAUCUUGCAGUACACCAAGGAAUUGUGCCAAGGCCAUUAUGAUUAUCUGGAGCAUCUGUCCGACUCCUUACUUCUGCGGAUAAUAAAUUAUCUGGAGCUAGAGGAUGUAGGUCAGCUUGGACGAACUUCACGCAGGUUCAGGCAGCUAUGUGGGUCAGAGGAAUUUUGGGAGCAGGCACUGCGGCGGGGCUGCAACACAGUUUCAGCUGAGGUUUCCUCUCUGGCACUCGAGAUGGGCUGGCGCAGAAUCUUCUUCACCAGCAAGCUACCUGCAGAAGAUGAUCAGCCGCAGGAGGCUGAGGACUGA